CGAAUUACCAGCCAAUCAUCGACUAGGAGGCGGGAUUUCUUCCUCCCUUCUGUGAGCGCGGGGUUCAUGAUGGCGGAAGACUCGAGAUUAAAUUCAGCAGACGGAGGAAACGGGACGCUUCAGGACCAGAGUCCGCUGAAGAGGAAGCAGCGUGAUGAUGAUGAUGACGAGUCUGUGUCUGCUAAUAAAAAGCUGGACACUGGGGAAGGUCACAGUCAGAAGGUGGCCACACACUACAACGCUCUGCAGGAGCUCGGCCUGGCGGAGCGCAGCAAGAGCCGAAUCGUCCACAUGCGCAACUUCAACAACUGGCUGAAGAGUGUUUUGAUUGGUGAGAUCCUGGACACGGUGCGGCGUGACAGGAGGGACAUGUGUGUGCUGGACCUGGGCUGUGGUAAAGGAGGAGAUCUGCUGAAGUGGAGGAAAGGACGCAUCAGCAAGCUGGUGUGUGCAGACAUUGCGGGUGUGUCAGUAGAUCAGUGUCAGCAGCGUUACGCUGAGAUGAAGAGGAGGAGCCACCCCAACGAGCGCAUCUUCGCUGCAGAGUUCAUCACUGCUGACUGCUCCAGGGAGCUGCUGAGUGAGAAGCUGAGUGACCCCGAGCUGCAGUUCGAUGUGUGUAGUUGUCAGUUUGUGUAUCAUUACUCGUUUGAGAGCCACCAGCAGGCCGACAUCAUGCUGAGGAACGCCUGCGAGAGGCUCCGCCCCGGGGGAUUCUUCAUCGGGACCACACCCGACGCCUACGAGCUGGUGAAGCGACUGGAGCAGUCGGAUUCCAACAGCUUUGGGAACGAGGUGUACCGCGUGACGUUCCAGAAGAAAGGCGAAUAUCCGCUGUUCGGCUGCCAGUACGACUUCCACCUGGAGGGGGUUGUGGACGUGCCCGAGUUCCUGGUGUAUUUCCCACUGUUUGUGGAAAUGGCGAAGAAGUACAACAUGCGUCUGGUGUAUAAAAAAACCUUCCAUCAGUUCUUUGAGGAGAAGAUAAAGGACGAGAGGAACAGGACCCUCAUGCAGAGGAUGCAGGCGCUCGAGCAAUACCCAGCAGAUGACAGAGGCAGGUUGGUGUGUGACGGUGUGGGGGAGUAUGAGUACGCCAAGAGGAGAGCACAGAGCACCGGGGUCUCCCUGCCACUGGGGACGCUGUCCAGGUCGGAGUGGGAGGCUACAAGUAUCUACCUGGUGUACGUGUUUGAGAAGACGGCCUGAACUGCAGGGACCUCCAACAUCGUCUGGGGUUUUAUUUUAGUUUUCUUUCUUUGUCUUUCCUUCCUUUUUUUUUUUUUUUUAAAUUAAUUUUCAGAAAAAGCUGGGUAAAGCUGCUAUAUUUCAGUUUCACACAUGGCUACUAAAGGUGUGUGUGUGUGUGUGUGUGUGUGUGUGUGUGUGUGUGUGUGUGUGUGUGUGUGAGAGAGAGAAGUGUUGGUGAGAGAGUAAAGAAUGUUGUCUGUACUGUGUUUGUCAGUAACUUGGUGUUUACCUCGUGGUGAUCUGGUUAUUUUUGUGUAAAAUUAAAGUGUAAAAUGUC